UCACCACCACCACCACUAAAAAAAAAGCAAAGCAGUAGCUUUACCUACAUCAACAACGAGGUUGUAAAAAAGAAAGUGAAGUUCACGCUGGGCUGGUUGCCGAUAUUUGGAUCUUGGAGCUCUAAAGAUAUAUCCAUCAGUGAGGAAGAAGCACUAAAAUCAUUCUUGAUAAUCCUCCAGGACUGCGAUAUUCACACAGGACAAAGUGGGAAGGCGUGUGUUUUGUUUUAAGUUGACCAAAAGAUGUUCGGCUUCCACAAGCCUAAGAUGUACCGAAGUCUGGAUGGCUGCUGCAUCUGCCGGGCCAAGUCCUCGAGUUCACGAUUCACUGACAGCAAGCGCUAUGAGAAAGACUUUCAGAGCUGCUUUGGGUUGAAUGAAGCCCGGUCAGGUGAGAUCUGCAAUGCCUGCGUCUUGUUGGUGAAGAGGUGGAAGAAGCUUCCUGUUGGCUCGAAGAAGAACUGGAAUCAUGUGGUUGAUGUUCGAGCAGGACCAAGUUUGAAGACAGCAUUGAAGCCAAAAAAGGCAAAUUCCCUCACUGGAAGCAGAAUAAAAGCCAGUCAGAUCAGCAAGAUUCAGAAAGAGCUCAAACGACAGAACUCUGAUGCCCACAGUACCACCUCCAGUAUGUCUCCCGCACAGUCCCCCUGCUACAGUAAUCACUCGGAUGAGGGUUCCGAUGCAGAGAUGGCUUCUGGAUCAAACAGGGUCCCUGUCUUCUCCUUCUUAGACCUCACUUACUGGAAAAGGCAAAAGGUAUGCUGCGGAAUCAUCUACAAAGGUCGUUUUGGAGAGGUGCUAAUUGACCCUCAACUCUUCAAGCCCUGCUGUGCCAAUAAGAAGAGAACAGUGGAAGCCCCAGAGCAACAGGCAGUUCAGUCCCCGUCUGCUUCGAAAGAUGAUGAAUGGUGAACUGGCUCAUUCAGAGAAGGAGAGGGGGGGUGCGAGAGAGACUGAAUGGGGCAAGAUACUUUGAAAAGGAUGUGUUGCCCAAAGGAUGAACUGAACAGAAAAACUGUCCAAAAAAGGGCAAACUGCGAUUGCUUUGCAAAUGAACUGACCUUCCCAAAAGACUGACGGUUUUCCUUUUUAUCGUUUCUAGGGGUCGGUUGAUUUAAUGUGUAAAAGAAAAAUAAUAAUUGUAAAUGUUGUAAUAUUUCACAAGCUGCACGCGUAUUAAGUGGAGUGGAGCGCACCUGUAAAGUGCUUAUUUAGGGUUUAUUUCAUUCAUUUAUCGGUGGACUUCUUUUGUGGAGGGUGAGCGAUAUUGGGAAAGUGAGUGAAGGUUGUAACAUAAGUGUGACUAGCUCCCAUGUUUGUUUAGAAAGCAUUGUCCGUGUUGAUUAUCUGUGAGCUGACUGGUUGUCCCUUUUGUGUUCUGCCUCAGUGCAAGCUUUUCCCAGCGAGUUGUUGAGACACAAGAACAAGGAAGGGCCCGAUGUUUUUAAUCCCCUGUCCCUGUUGAUUUGAAUGAUCAUGGUUAUGGGUGUUGCCAUAAGCUUCCAUUUCUUCCAUAGAUUAAGAAGGGGAUGGGUGAGGGAGGAGAUGGGUGUAAAGGUCAACUGAGUCCCUGUUUUUGAUCACUAACCCCACUGGAAAAUGUCUGUUAGAAGAGGAAAGGAUUUGGGUGGGAAUCGGGUUGUGUGCCCUCCAUGUCUCUUGCCUAGGCUGUGUGUGUCAGGCUGGGAAAGUUAAUGGGGGGUGGAGGGGCCUAUUGAACCCAGUCAUCAGGGCAGGAGCUGAGAAUAUUGGAGGAAAGAUAAACAGCGGCUUAAACAAACGUAGCCUGGCACUUUCUAAAGUAACAAAAUGUCAGAACCAGAAAAAGACUUGCGGCUUUUUCACAUGAUGUAGAAUCGUUAACUCCCAUUUAUUUCUAGUAGGCCUGGUAGCCACAGAGGAAAAGGCUCUCUUAUUGUCUAAUGCUCAUUUCAGUUGCAUAUCAUUGAGACAUUUUCGCCUCUACUGUGAUAUGGUGAGCAGGUCACCUGCCAAUUUCAGAAGGGGUGGGGUUCAUAGCCACUCUACCACGGCCAUACAAUCGCAUACCCCGAGAUCACCACCUGGCAUUGAAGACGAAACAUCGCCCACACUGACCAAUCUAGAGGGCGGUGAGAGAAACGUGUCCGAGAGUUUCCUUGGCCUGGCCCUGCCUGUCUUCGCUCCAUUUUGUGUCUCUUGCGCUGAGACACCUCCCGAACAUACAAAAGCAGAAAAAUAUCUGCGGUCACCAUUUUAAAUCUCAAUAUUUUGCUUUAAAGGUGGCUAUUUGCAGAUUUGGGUGUGGCCACUUGAUUUGCUGUCAUUUUGGCAUACCAGGCAAAAGUAUGAGCACCACUCCCCUUCCUCCACUGCCAUGUUUCCCUCUCCUGAAGGCACAGUGUAAUUGCUACCAGCUCUUAAACAUGUAGCUAUUCCUCACGUGGGCAUGGGCGGACUGUAGGAGGUAGCUCAGUAUUUUCUGCAGGCUCCCUGCCCUCUCCGGUUGGCUUUGGAGGGAGGUUGUGGAAGGGUCAGUUUCCAAGGGCAGUCGCCUUAAACUUGGUGGAAGAACCAAAGAAUUUUAGGCCUGACAAGCGGGAGAACCUCUCUCUUGACAUUCACCCCUUUGUUUCCCUCACCAACACCCCUCAGUGGCACCAAGAGCAGCUGCAGACUUCCAGCUUGAGCCCAACAAAAUCAUGUUUUCUUCUCAUAGAAGUGUCCUUUUUUGCUAACCCAGUGCUUUGCAGCCGAAUGAAUGGAGGAAUCAGCCUGUUUGAUUCUAUUUAAUGCAGCAAAUGUGUACUAAUACUAGGAAACCAUUAUAAACAGCUCCAUGCUGAUGAGGGGAUCCUUCUUGCAAGGAUAUCACAUGUUGUGUGAAUGAAAUUAUGUGACAAUAUUUUCAGGACUGGGGAAAGGGCAGAGAUCAAUUGGACAGCUCUUUUAUGAAAGAGCCAGAACAGGCACGAUGGGCUGAAUGAUCUUCUGUGCUGCGAGACUUUAUAAAAAUGCAGGGGAAUGCAAGCAAGAGUUAAUUGCCUAAGUGAAGAGCAAGCGCCUAAAUGGCCAGUAUGCCUGAGAUACCAUUUAGCCACCAGUUGCCAAGGCAAUGGGCAGUAACCAUCACAUUGGACAGGUUCCAGGAAGUCCAAUAGUUCCAGAGUUUAUCUAAAGCCAUCCAAAUGGUGCCAUUCUGGAAUUGGAGGAGGGGUUAGGAGGUGGCUAAGUUUUAGCCUUUGCGUUGAUUUCCAUUUCCCGUGUUAUCUGCUCAACAUGCUUGCUGUAGAGUUGCCGGCGUUCGUUGUCAAAUUAUGGUUGCUAAGGGUCUUUUUUUCUUUUGUUAUUGGGUUGCGCUGCACACACGCAUUAAGCGUGUUGGGAAAGAAUGCAUGAAAUUGUGCCAUCCACUUCACCUGCAUGCCUUGUGUUCAGGCACGAUUCAGCCUCUGGUUGUCCAGUUCUUGGUUGAAUCUUGAGGUUGGGUUUGAAAUUCUCUCCCUGGGCUUUGUGACUGAGCUUUCUCCCCCUGUCGUUCUAUUUAUUAUUAUUUAUUUUUUUUCCUCUGUAACACAAAAAAAAAAACACCACUGUCUCCUUUCACUUCUGGACCUAGUUUAGUGCAGCAAGAUGUAUUUUAGUGAUGCACUUUGUAAUGUAUUAGAGAUCUAUGGAGCCAGUUUUGUACUUUUUUUAUACUGUUGAUAUUCUUCUACUCAAAAUUUUUUAUUAGUCUUGAAAUAAAGUAGACUGCUUUAUAAAGAA